AUGAGGUCCAAAUUGAACACCAGUAAAAGUUCUUUGGAGGACUUGAAGAAGAUGUCAGCUCUGGCAGCCGAUGUUCCCUUCCUGCGCACGAGGUUGAGGGCGAGCGAGCGUGUGGUGGAUGAGUUGAGGAGGAAGACCGCAGCGGUCAUGUCUCGACUUUGCCACGUGGAGGAUAUGGAGAGGCGGCCUUCAGGUGGACCAGGUGACAUGCCGUGGGAAACAAGAAAACCACCCGUGUCCCCGGCACCCCAUGUAUUGGAAGGUUCUAACGUGACCGCACUGGAUGUUCGCCUGCAGCUUGUGGAGAACAACUUGACAGUACAGACCCAAACAGUGUCCCACUUAGAAGACAGCGUGUUGAGAGGAGAGCGCCACCUACAAGAGAUCAGAGCCACUGUGGGGACCUCACUGAACCACACGCAAACACAAAGUGAAGGUGUAAAAGUGCGCCUGAGUGUGCUGGAGAACCUGCUGGAGGACUUAAGGAGGACCAAGUCAGUCCAAUCCAGUCAACUUUCCAGCAUGGAAGUGCGACUGGCUGACAGCUACAACAACACUGCAAGUCAGGCCAAGCAACUUUCCAGUAUGGAGUCACGACUCACUCACACCCUCAACAAAACUCACACUGUGUUGCAGCACAAGUUGAACAUUACUGAUCAGAAGAUGAACGUAUUGAAGACGACAACAGAAGAGCUGAUGUUGCGCGUGCGUGUUUUGGAGCAACACAGCCAGCGGUCAGAUGACAAAGGCGAGACAAAGGUGGCCUUCGCCGCCGCACUCACCGACUCGGGGUCAGUGGGACCCUUUGACCAGGAAACUACGUUGAUCUUCUCCAAGGUUUUCACCAAUGUGGGCCAAGCUUACGACGUGACCUCAGGUGUGUUCACGGCUCCCAUCGGUGGCGUUUACGCGUUCAGCUUCACGGCGGCCGACUUCCUGAAAGGCUACAUGGGCGUCGCCUUGUACCGCAACCAGCAGCCAAUCGUCUUCAGCCUUGACCUCAACGACCACGGAGGCUACGCGUCCGUCGCCAAUGGAGUGCUGCUGGGGCUGGAGGCGGGCGACCGCGUGCGCCUGAGUCUGCCCGCCAGCUACCGUCUCUACGACGAUGCCCGAAACUUCAGCGUCUUCAGUGGCUUCCUGCUCUUUGCGCUUUGACUCAUCGACUGCAAAUAGACAAUCUUUGUAAACAGGAAGUUGUUUCAA